AUGUGGUUGCCUUUGGGGCUCCAGGGCCCCGGGGAUUUUCUGUGUUGCAUCACUGCUGCCAUCAUCUACUUUGCCAUCUCAAUCACAACAGUUUCCAAGUACAUGGACGGAGCCUUCAAAGCCACUGGAGUGCUUGGCUUCGUGGCAGUCGUGUACGCUGUGGAUUUCUACAUUAUUUUUAGUGACUUGGUCAAAUUUAUCAAACAAGGGGAUGCCAACAAAGACCCAGAUGUCCACAAGUCAGAAGCAGGGAUCCAGCCUGUCAGCACCCUCACCCCUAUGCAGCAGCUGCCAGGGAGCACUUGA